AUGAAGUCUACUAGAAUAACAAAGGUUUUAACAAAGAAGCUACAUAGUAAUUUUUCACUGUCUUUACAGUACGGAGAAGAGUGCAGGAGUAAAACAUACCCUCCUUCAGGACCAACGUUCAAAGGGAAUAUACCCACAUAUGUCAUAAAUCUUGAUUUACCUCCCAGCAGAAGAUGGGAUGACUUGAUGCACGACAAAAAGACAGAGCUGAAGACUGUGGUCCAGAAUAUUAAAGAUAUAGCAAACACCUUCUUCCCCAGUGGCAAAAUUGUUGACAUAGUGGAUAACAAAAUAGCUCAUCUGACAGCCACGCUUCCUUAUCCUUUCAAUGAAGAACUCCAAGGGAUUGCAAAUACAUCUGGGAUUCCUUUGGGAGAAAUUGUUAUUUUUAACAUCUUUUAUGAAAUUUUUACUGUAUGUACCUCGAUAGUGGCGGAAGAUAAAACAGGGAAGCUGUACCAUGCCAGAAACUUGGAUUUUGGACUCUUUCUGGGGUGGGAUGUUAAAAAUAAUUCCUGGACUAUAACUCGGGAACUGAAGCCUUUGGUUGUCAACUUGGACUUCCGGAGAAACAACAAAACAGUAUUCAGAUCUACAAAUUUUGCAGGAUACAUAGGCAUGGUGUCUGGAGUCAAACCAGACUUGUUCACUUUGACAAUGAAUGAGCGUUUCAGUCUUGAUGGUGGUUAUAUUGGAAUCUUUGAAUGGUUUCUUGGUAGAAGAGAUGGGAUGUGGAUGGGCUUUCUUACAAGAACAGUAUUAGAGAAUGCUACAAGUUACCAGGAUGCAAAAGACAAACUGGCAAAAACAAGACUGCUGGCUCCAGCUUACUUUAUACUGGGUGGAAAAAAUUCUGGAGAAGGAUGUGUAAUAACUCGUUCCAGGACAGCUGCUCUGGAUAUCUGGGACCUCGACAUCAAGAAAGGCACGUGGUACGUGCUAGAAACAAACUAUGAUCGCUGGAAGCCUCCACUAAUCUUGGAUAAUCGUAGAGCACCUGCAAUGAAGUGCCUGAAUCAGACAAUGCAAGAGAACAUCUCCUUACCAACAAUUUAUGAUGUUCUCUCCACAAAGCCUGUCCUCAAUAAGCUGACUGUGUGCACAACGCUGAUGGAGGUGGAUAAUGGUCAUACAGAGACGUACCUGCGGGAAUGCCCAGAUCCCUGUAGUCCUUGGUAGUCCUGUACCAUGUUGGAAGCUGCUUGUCUGAAUUGGACAUCCUCCAAGAAAAAAUACUUCUGGAAAAAAUUUUUCAGCCUAACUCCUUUCUUUAGAAAUCUAAUGGCUAUAUAGAAAUGUCAAUGAGCUUCUAACAACGGAGGAUCCUGUCUCACACUGGACUUUCUUGCUUUCUGAUCAGCAGUUCUGCUGACGAGAAAUGUAUACUAAUGUAUGUCUGGUUUGAUUUCAGCCACUUCUGCCACAUGAUUUUCAGCAGUUAGCUCUAGAUCU